UUUGUUAGCUAAAAGUAAGGGAGUACCAAUGGAGGCACUUGUUGAGCAGGUUCGUGACGGAAGUACUCUCCGAAUCUACUUGCUUCCGGAGUUUCAGUUUGUCCAAGUUUUUGUUGCUGGAAUCCAGUCCCCACAAAUGGGAAGGAGAGCUGCACCUGAAACUGUUGUUGAACCCGAGGUAACAGUUGAUAGCACUAAUGGAGAUGUCCCUGCAGAACCUCGAGCUCCACUUACAUCUGCACAAAGACUUGCUGUUUCAGCAUCUGCUGCUGAAAGUUCAGCUGAUACUUUUGGACCAGAUGCUAAAUUUUUCACUGAGAUGCGUGUAUUGAAUCGGGAUGUUAGGAUUGUCCUGGAAGGUGUGGAUAAGUUCAGCAAUUUGAUUGGGUCAGUGUAUUAUCCUGAUGGUGAAUCAGCAAAGGACCUGGCAUUGGAGCUUGUUGAAAACGUAAGUAAUAUGCUUGAAUAGAGAAAUAUUAGCAUGAUUUAUUUUUGUCAAAAUCAAA